GUAGUGCUGGUGAUCAAGAGCGAGUGUGAGGUUUACUCCGGUCAUCUGCGUGACCCAAAGAUGAAAUCAGCAUUGCUGCGGGCACUGUUUACUAUCGGCCUUUUGUGUCGCUAUUUUGAUUUCGAUUCUUUCUACCCAGAAGACAAAAAGCCUCAGCACCAGGUUCGAAAUCCAAAGAUACCGAGCGAAAAUCUCGACAUAUCUCCUCGCUCUGCAAGAAAACCGGAUCCGCCUGUGCGUGGAAGUUCACACGCUGUCUUCAAGAAGAAUUUACAUUACGAUCAAAAAGAACGCAAUUUCGGUUGGAAAAAGAAGGAUAUCAGACGCACCGUUAACCGCGGGAAGAAAGUUAGCUAG